AUGAAAAACCGAACUUUGACAGCAUUCAUUCUGCUGGGACUAACAGACAUCCCAGAGCUUCAAAGUAUCAUCUUCAUACUUCUCCUCCUCGCCUACAUAACCAGCAUCUUAGGACACCUGACGAUCAUCACCCCCACACUACUGGACUCCCACCUCCACACGCCCAUGUAUUUCUUCCUCUGGAACUUCUCCUUCUUAGAAAUUGCCUUUACAACCACUUUCACUCCUAGGCUACUGUUCAGUAUCUCAACUGGGAACAAGAGCAUCAGCUUUGCUGGCUGCUUCACUCAGUAUUUCUUUGUGAUAUUCUUUGGGGCCACAGAGUUUUACCUUCUGGCUGCCAUGUCCUAUGACCGCUAUGUGGCCAUAUGCAAACCCUUACAUUACAUGACCAUCAUAAACAGCAGAGUCUGCAUCCAGCUAGUCCUCUGCUCUUGGCUGGCUGGACUUCUCAUCAUCCUAUCUCCAAUCAUCCUGACCAGUCAACUGGAUUUCUGUGCCUCCAAUGUCCUGAAUCAUUAUUUUUGUGACUAUGGACCCCUCAUAGAAAUAUCUUGCUCAGACACAAGACUCCUGGAGCUGGUUGACUUCAUCUUAGCAGCUGUGACGUUGGUGGUCACCCUGGUGCUGGUGAUUCUUUCCUACACAAACAUCAUCCGGACCAUUCUAAGGAUCCCUUCUGCUCAGAAAAGGAAGAAAGCCUUUUCCACAUGUUCUUCCCACAUGGUUGUCAUCACCCUCUCUUAUGGAAGCUGCAUCUUCAUCAUCACCUACGUCCAGCCCCGGGCAGGCUCCUCUGUCACCAUGGACCGCAUCCUCAGCCUGUUCUACACGGUCAUCACACCCAUGCUGAACCCCAUCAUCUACACCCUUCGGAACAAGGAGGUGACCAAAGCCCUGUGGCAUGUGGUGAAGAGGCAGGUCCCCUCACCCUGA